GUCGGCUGCGGAAGCGGCGUGGCCAAGUGCGGAAGGGGUGGGGUCGGUGCUGCGGCGGCGGAAGUUUGCAAGGUGAAUAUUGGUUCUGCCUGCAAAUCUUCAGGAGACAGCAGAAGAGCUUAAUCUUUUUCAGAAUGACUUCCUUUGUUGACGUGCCCCUGAAUUAUGAAAAGAUGUUUGCUCAUCGAUUCACAUCAGAUGAUAAAGAAUACCAAGAAUAUCUGAAACGCCCUGCAGAUCCCCCUCCUAUAGUUGAAGAAUGGAGAAAUAGAUCUGGUGGCAACCAGAGAAACAGAGAUCGGUUUCAAGAUGGCAGGUAUUUUAGAGGGGACAGAUACAACUGGCAAGGUGACUAUAGAUCUAAUCAGAGGCCGGAAAGAAGCUGGGGUAAUAACUACCAGCAGCACAGACAAGGACAAUCCUACUCCCACUAUGGACAGUAUGGCUAUAACUCCUACAACCCAGGGCCUCGUUACCAUUCCUACUGAUGAUACGUGUGGUUUGAAAGCCCAGUAAUGCUGUGUAAGAAGUUCAGUUAGAUUUUUGUUUUUUUAUUUUUCCAGUUUUAUAGAUCACUGAAGACUUAGUAUUAUAGUCCAUUGCUGUUUAUCUGUAGUGUGAAUUGAAAAAGAGGAUACCUUUCAUGAAUAAUAAAAGCAUAAAAAAUUAUACUGAGUCUGUUUAGAGUCUAAAUCUUAGAUUAAAUUUCUAUCACAUAUUCUUUUGUCUGAAUACAUACUAGUACACUUCUUUCAUCACUGAGAUUUCUCUCUUAUAUUUUUAGAACACACAACAGGUAAGGAGAAAAUAUCUGUUGUUGGUGUGCAGCCUGUAGUGUGGCACGUUGCCUUAGGACAGUUCUUUUUAAAAGCAAUAUACUCUGUCAUUCUUUGGAGAGAAUUUCUUAGUUUGGCUUUUGAUAGGGAGAAAAGCUCAGUUUGGUUUGAAUUUCAGAUGCCUUAAAACUAAGAAGAGAGAUGCUAUGACAAGAAAUAUUUUAUGGGCUCAGCAUUGUGUCUGUUGUCUCAAUGGCUUCAAUUUAUUUGCAGUACUCCUCUUAAAACAUGACCUAAAAGUUGGAAUAAAAAUUAAGUAGUUUAAGUAUGUAUCUUCUUAUUGUAGUAGUUCAGCAAUAUACAAGUUUUACCUGAGAAGUAAUAUCAGGCUUAAAUUAAUUUGUAUCAUUUUAAAAUAAAUUUGGUAUGUGCAUCCCAAAGUUUGGAAUUCCCAUAUCAGUAAAGCUGUAAAAUUUUGACCAUCACUGUAAUUAGUUUGUGUUAAUACUUUGUGCAUGUUCUAGAAGAAAGAUCAGUACUGUUCUGUACCCCUUUUUUGCAUGAGAAAAUAGCAUAAGUAGUGCAGAGUGCUAUUCAGUUUUAGCAUUUAAGUUCUGUGGUUCUUUUAAGUAUUCACAAAAUAAAAGUAUCGUUCACGUGUAAGGAUGUUUCUGAAUAUUUCUCUAAUCUGCUCAUGAAACAUUCAGAAUUGCAACGCUCGCCUAAGUGCACGAGCAGCAGCACUAGUGGGUAAGCAUUAAUACUGGACAGAUGCUGGUUUAGGUUAGAAGAAUGGCCUACUCAGCUGCAAGCAAGAGGAUGAGACACUGCGAUUAAUUGGAUGUCUGGAGUGUUAAUCCACUAUCUUACACUCCACUAUAAUAAGGUCAAAGUUCUCUAUUUCACCAUUUAAGUGAUAAGCUAAUUUGUACCGAGAGAGCAGUGCAUUUCUUAGUACUUGACAUUUUCUUCAGCUGUUGUACAGAAACACAUGACCAUCCACGCUAACUGCUGUAGAAGUCUUGACAUUAGGUGAUAAAGAGUGCAAAUUAGUGCAUCUUGAUUUAAAAACAAAGAAGUGAAAAGCACAGCUUCCCAGCUGAUAAGAUGCUUUUAAGAGCUGAAGAGUAUGUUUACAGUUGCUCCUAGAAGCACACACUGUAUCUAGCUUCUCCAUAGCUUGUGAUACAAAAGCCAUGACCUAAGGGUCCGCAUCCACCUGCCAGGUAUUUGUUUUCUGCCUUUCAUGUAAUAGCGUUAACUGUAAUAGAGUUUUUUUUAUAUCCUUCUCCCUUAAGUAUUUGCCUUUAAUUCAGUUGUCCAACUUCAGAAAUCUUUCAGUGAGAGGUUUGUUUUUCUUUAAGGAAUUCUCUUCGAUUAAAUGCACCCUCCUAACCCUCAUUAAUCUGGAGGAGCCGUUUAUUACACUGGGGGAUAAAAGAUCAUGCAAAGUUCCUACCUGUGUACUACAGAGAGCCUGCAAGUUGGGAUGGUGGAAUUCCCUUUCAAUGUGGUAUGACAUGCAAAGUGCCAGAUAACCCAGACUCCCACCGCAGGAACGGAGCACAUCUCUUUCCGCGAAGAGCCUGACGCUGCCAGUUAUGCCACGGAAGUCAGGCUGUGCCAGGAUGUUGUUCUUCCUUACCAUCUGGAGUAGCAGCUCUGGGUGAAAUAAAACCUGGCGAAAGGAACGGAUUCUAUCUCAUCUGUUGCCUUUCAUCAAGUCCAAUAACUACUUUAUUUUUAGUGUCUUGCAACUAGUGAAUAAAGAAUAAAACAUUGUGAGGAAGUAGAAGCCGAUAGAUUAGGAUGGUUUAGGUGGAAGUUAUGACUUCGAAUCACACAUUUCAUGAUCUCGGAUCACUCUGAGUUUCUUGACUGUGAGACCAGGAGGGACACAGGCCAGUGCAUCUUCCCGGUUUCUGUCUUUAUGUUCUUGACUUCAUCUGCCUCACCAUCAGAGCUCUCAAUUCAACUUUAAGUGCCUGUACAAAAGCAAAACCAAAACU